AUGUCGUCUCUCCGGCCUUCCCUCCGAAUGUUAACCAGAGUCCAUCCCAUACGCAGUACAGCUGCUGCGCAAUUCACGGCACCGUCAACUCAACCAUUACGCACCACCCGCCCUUAUUCCAACGGAUCCCGAUUUAUGCCCCGAUUCCUGGAGGCAGAUGUAUGGACGACGUUUAUUCCGGCGUUCAUCCGCAUUCGCUUCACCAGAGGAACCAAGCCCUACACGCCGAAGUCGAAAGAAUGGAACCCCGCCAGCUUCUACAUCAUCAUCUUCAUCCUCAUCGGUUCGCAAGCGAUCCGGAUGAUCGCGCUUAAGAACGACUACGCCGACUACACCCGCUCAACGGACGCGAAGAUCCGACUCCUGCGGGAAGUAAUAGAGAAGGUUAAUAAAGGGGAGGUGGUGGAUGUGGAGAAACUUCUCGGGACGGGCAAUGAGUCCAAGGAGAGAGAGUGGGAGGAAGUGCUUCGCGAGAUCGAGGAGGAGGACUCCCUGUGGCACCGCAGAUCCAGCACACGCGACUCCGCACCACAACAACCCCAGGAGGAGGUGAAGGAAGAGACGGCGAAGACUGUCGCAAAGGAUCCUGUUAUACCCGCUGAGACGCCUACGAAUGCGGAGCCGCCGGCCGAUGGGAAGACGAAACGGAGAGUCAACUUCUUCUAG